GUUAAUUUUGGACCUGAUGCAUGCCAGCUGAACAUGACGCGUGACGAAUCAUUAUUUAAUGGUAUAAGGUAGUUUGGGUUAAAUACACAGUGAUUCUUCCCUCCACUAGACUCCUUCCAAGUAACAUUCGAUAUGUCGAAGCCUUUAGUUCUCUACACUGCAGCUACCCCCAAUGGCCACAAAGUGUCUAUCAUGCUCGAAGAGCUCAAGGCGGCCUACGGGAACAUUGACUAUGAUGUCGAGAAGAUCAACCUGACCGCGAAUGUCCAAAAAGAGCCAUGGUUCAUCGCAAUGAACCCAAACGGACGUAUCCCUGUUCUCAUUGACCGCUCCAAUACCACUGUUGCCCACCCGAAUGGAUUCCCCGUCUUCGAGAGUGCAGCGAUUUUGUUGUACCUCGUGCAGAAGUACGACAAGGAAGGGAAGUUCAAGUUUGAGAGUGGCAGCGAUGAGGAGAGCCAGAUGUUGCAGUGGAUCUUCUUUGCUCACGGAGGAGUCGGUCCUAUGCAAGGUCAAUCGCACCACUUCCGACACUAUGCUCCUGAAGAUGUGCCUUACGGCAAGAAACGCUAUGGGGAUGAGGUCGUUCGUCUUUAUGGUGUGCUCGAUAUCGGUCUUCAAGGCCGUGACUACCUCGUGGGUCCAGGAGCUGGGAAGCUCAGUGUUGCUGAUGUGAACGUCAUGCCAUGGGUGAGGUUUCACGAGCGUGCAGGUGUCGAGACCUUAGAUGCUUUCCCGAACCUGAAGGCUUGGCUCGAUCGGCUUCUGGAGAGAGAAACUGUGAAAGCUGGAAUAGCUGUCCCUUAGAGUACUCUUGAACCUGUCUCGCUCUAGCCAAACCGUCAAUUCUCCCCUGUACAGUAUUUGCGCACUUGGACCAAAUUUAGUCUUUCGUCGUCGUCCUGGCUCAGUUGAAAAAUUCUUCAUUAACAUUAACAUGGUACUUACUUCCACCGUUAUGGGUCAUCCGAACACGUAUUGAAAUGCUCAAGUAACACAAAGUCCGAGGUAGAUAACCACUCGAAACCAAGUAAUUCGAUGCUCUGUUUAAGUUCAUGCUCGACAAAAGCACGGUGCUGUCCACCUUCAUGCGGCAUCGUAAUCCUCGUCACUUGUAAGGAUAGCA